AUGAGCAGCAGCGGCGAUGCGCUACCAGCGCACUUGGUCCACCUGUGCACCCUCGUCCUCGUCUCGCGCGCGUCUGCCUCGACCGCGGCCGCCCACUCGUCGUCGUCGGGACCAGGGGCCAACGCCGGCGCGCCGCUCGGGUUCACGCACGCGCGCACCCACGCCCUCGACACGCUCGCCCACCUCCUCCAGUCGUACCUCUCGCUCGCAGCUGCGACCGCCGCGACCGCCGCCAACCACGCCGGGCGGGACAAAGCCGCCGUGUGGGACCUCGCCCACGCACUCGCUCAGCUCGGCUUCCCUGGCCAGGACGGCAUCGACGAGCUCACCGACGAGGCCUUGCGCGGCCACGACGGCGUCGAGGAGGAGGCUGGCCAGAUUGCCCAGCUCGCCCGAGGUCUCCAAGACCGCCUCGCCCCUCCACCUCCCCAGCUCCCGCUCGCCCAACUCUCCUACGACCCGCUCAACCCCUCCGAGCUCGACCUCAUCGCCUACGCCAAGUCGCUCCCCUCGCCCACCGACGACGGCCGCGACGCCGCCGCGACGCCCUCGAGCUCGUCCCCCGCGAGCUCCGUCUCGGACGACGAGCUCGCUUCGCCGCCGCCGCAGCGCGCCGAUGCGCAGCCAGCGUCGUCAGCCAAGGCGGGCGACGGCGAUGACGAGAUGGCGCAGGAGGCGGCGGCGACGGCGGCGGCGGCGGGCGGCAUGAACGGGUUCGGCGGCGCGCUCGACGAUCUCGGCGGCCUGUUGACGGGCGCGGGCGACGACGAUGCCGCCUUCUUCGACUCGCUCGGGCUCGGUCCGGGCGGGUCGGCCCUCGGCGCUGGGACCAACGGCGUCAACGGCGUCGGCGACGUGACGGCGUCCGUCUUUCACCCGCUCGACCUCGCCGGGCGGCCCAUCGACUCGAUCUCGCUCCUCGGCCCUCCUUCCCUCUCCUCCCUGUCCCUCUUCCCGACCGGCGCCGAGGGCGCCGCACCACCCGCCGACACGGACGAGUCGCGCCCUUUCCCCGCCUGGCGCGACCCCUCGUCGAUCCCGCCGCACGUCCCGCCCUUCUUCCCGCCGUUCCCCGGCCACGAGCGCGAGUCGGACUCGGCCGCCGCGCGGCGCCGCCGCCGCGCCGAGCUCGAGAAGCGCGAGCGCGAGGCGCUCGCGGCCCAGACGGCCCAGCAGCAGCAUCAGGCGGGCGCGUCGCGCGUCGCCCAGGCGCUCAUGCUCGGCGGCGCCCAGGGCGGCGACCCGUGGGAGGACCCGAUCCCGUACUCAGCCAGCUCGCUCGCGACCAUGGCGAGCGAGUUUGGCCACAGCUUGCCGACGCCGAGCUCGCCGAGGGGCCGGGCGGCGGCGGCAGCGGCGGCGGCGGCCGAGGCGGCGGCGCGAGGUGCGGCUGUCGAUGGGGUCGAGGGAGGAGGAGCAGGCGGCGACGCCGAGGAGCGCGAGAAGAAGCGGCGCAGGAGGGCGGCAGCAGCAGCAGCAGGCGGCGACGCGGGCGCGAGGCGGCGCAGCUUGUCGCCGCCGCCGGCAGCGUCGACCUCGCUCGGCGCGUUCGCCCAGAUCCAGCCCCUCAUCCCGCACCAGCCGACGUACCUGCGCCCGAACGCCCUGCGUCGCAGCGCGGCGGGCAACAUCGCGUACCAGCCCCGGCACCCGGAGCUGAGCAUCUCGAGCGACUCGCUGUUCGGCUCGCUGCCGUACGCCGCCCCUCUGCGCCAGAGCACGCUCCCGCCCGGGUUCCUCCCCGACCUCGCACCGACCGCCGCCCUGCACCCAUUCAACACGAACCUGCCCUGGACCAUCUCGAACCCGGUCCCGUACCACCCGGCAUCGACCUCGUCCGUCCUGCCCGCGCCAGGCCCCAACCCUCGCGUCCCGACCCCCCUCAGCUCGAUCGCGCGCGAGCUCUCGUUCCCGCUCCAGUUCGACCCGCGCCCGUCGCACAAGGACCAGCUGCACCCCAACAUUGCCCUCUUUGCGCGCCUCGGCCGCAUCGGCCCGCCGGGUCCGCUCGGCCCAAAGGGCGAGGCGCUCAACUACGAGUACGUCGGCAACACGGCGCUCCUCGCCCUGAGCGGCGUCGACUGGCCCGAGCGCCGUCACGACCGCAAGCUCCCAAAGCGGUUCGGCGAGGACGACACGUUCUCGGGCGGCGACGGCGGCGGCGGUGGAGCUGGCGGCGCGUCCGGCAGCGGUGCAGGCGGCAUCAAGCUCAAGCUCGGCGGCGGCGGCGCCAACUCGGCGGCCAACCGUGGCGGCGGCGGCGGGAGCGGCGGCGGCGACGCGUUUGGCGGCGCCGGGCGUCAGACGCGCGAGGGCUCGCUCGCCCAGAUCGCGACGCCGUGGAACACGUUCGGGAGCCCGGCGCCGUUCCCUGGUGGUGGCGCCGCGACGCCGUUCGCGGCGGCGACGCCGGGCGGCACGGCGUUCGUCGGCGGGAGCACGGGCGACGCAGAGCUCGACACGCAGCUCGCCCAGCUGAGCGCGGGCAUGCCCCUCGACCUCGCGUCGUCGUCGGCCGCUGCAGCCGUCGCUGCGUCGUCGUCGUCGGCUACCGCUGCCGCAGCCGUCGACGCCUCGUUCAACUACCCGGACUGGCUCCUCGAGGCCGGCGGACUCGGGUCCGGCUCGGCGACGACGGCGGCGGCGGCGCCGGGCGAGAGCGCGAGCGCACCGUCCGAGGCGCACAGCAACGGUGCCUGGGCAUCGUCGACGACCAACGCGGCCGACUCGAUGCAGCUCGACUCGACGACGCACAGCCGCGCGCCUCGGCCACCUCCACCUCCUCCACCUCCUCCGCCUGCUGCCGCCCUCGACACGCAUGUCUCGGCGUCCGAGCCACCGCCUACGUCGAUCUCGGCGCAGCAGCACGACUCGUCGCUCGACCCGGCGCUCGGCGCCCCAGGCUCGUCGUCGCUCGACCCGGCGCUCGAGCCGACGCCGCACGCCCAGCCCGACGGCGACGGCGACGCGGCGAUGCACGACGGCGACGUCGGCGAGCACGGUCACGAUGCCUCGCACGAUGCCUCGCACGAGCCGGGCGUCGACGAGGCGCCCGUGCCCGAGGGCGAGGGCGAGGGCGAGGGCGAGGGCGAGGAGGAGCAGCACGACGAUGUCGAGCGCGCCGUCGAGCAGAGUCUCGCGCAGGGCGUCUUUGCGGGCUUGCCCGGGUUCGGCGGCUUGUGAGCGAGCCGGGCCUUGUAGAGCAGAGGAGCAGGUGCAUUGACGAGCCUGUGCCGCGCCCGCGA